AUGGCACGCACUCGAGCACAGUCGGCCACCCUGAAGCUGAAGAGUCAUUCAUCGCCUGCCACCGAAAACCAAGACACCAGCACGGCUCGAUUCGACCUGGAAUUAUCUCCUAGACCAACUAAACUAGAUCAACCGAGCAAAUCUCCUGUUGUCGAUGGUAGCUCUGGAGUGAUCAGUUGUAUUGGCUUUUGGGCAAGAGAAGGGAAGUGGCCGAAAGAAUACUUUGCACCAAGUAGUCUGGACCGCAUACUUGCCCGAAGAAGAUCCCUCUCAUCACUUAGUCGCAAGCGAUCCGCCUUUGGGAGUGAUCAGAAGCUACGAGGAGAGAAAAGCGCGCCAUACGGAGAUCCUCGUUAUAAAAUACUGCUUGAAUCUAGAGCCAGCUUUAUGCAUGAAUCAGAUCUUGGGAUCACCAAGCAGUGUGAGAAGGAGUUAUCUUCAUUCCUCGCGUCCUACCAAACGGUUCCGAAUGACACCCCUUUUCAGGAUGACCUGUUCAAAAACACCUGCCGCAGGGUCGAAGACAGAAACGAGGACCGAAUCAUGCGGGAUAUCACGCCAUUAAUCGUCCCUCCCGCCGAUUUUUUGAGUAUACGUGGUGCACAACACCUCAACAUCUUAAUAGAGAGCAUCAACGAGGUCUGGAGCAACUCAAUACCGUUGACUGGGUCUCAGCCCCAGCCCGACUACUCUCUCGGUUUUAGAUGCGAGGCAUUCAAUGACGAUCAGCUCGCUAAGCUGUCGCCAUUUAUUGGUGACUUUCUUGGCGGAGAUGUAUCCUUUUUCAUGGCGACUUACUUGAUGUAUUUUUCGUUCUUAACAUGUGAAGUUAAAUGCGGUACGUCUGCGCUGGACUUGGCAGAUUGCCAGAAUGUCCACAGCAUGACUCUUGCUGUCCGCGCCGUUGUUGAGCUGUUCCGUGCUGCGAAGUGCGAAAGGGAUAUACACCGACAGAUCCUUGGCUAUUCCAUCUCCCACGACCACAGGUCCGUGCGAAUCUACGGACAUUAUCCCGUGAUAGAUGGUGAGGACACCAAGUAUUACCGCCAUCCCAUCCGUUCGUUUGAUUUUACGGCGUUGGAUGGGAAGGAAAGGUGGACGGCAUAUCGUUUCAUGAAGAAUGUGUACGAGCAUUGGGUACCUUUACAUUUCAAGAGGAUAUGCGCAGCUAUCGAUCAGUUACCAUUGGACUUGGAAUUGACAAAUGAGGCGUUUUCUUCAGCUUCAAAUCGAAUCACUGCGUCAAGUUAA